GUAAAACUCAGCCAGUGACCUAUCUCAAUAGGAGUGUGUUUUGCAGAUACCAAAAGAACCUCUGUUUAAUAAAUAAAUAUUCGCAAGACUUGAGUGUUUUCACAUUGGGUCUCUGAACAAACAUCUCUUCUCGCUGUUAAACUCUUUUGAGUGGGUUUCUGGUGUGUUUUAAAGCAUUUAGGAGAGAAAUCACGAGGAAAAGACACGCAGCAGAGCCUCACACAGCGGCAGAUAGGAGACGUUUUAACGCUUUCCAAACAAAAUGCAGAAAGGUAUUACGGUUCUUUUGACUUAAAUGUGAGAAGAAACUCCUUUGCUAUCAGUUCGAUUCAAUUUUAGACUUUAGUACUUCCUCCAGAUGUGUAUUUUAUACUUUUAUCGGUACAGAGAAAACACAAGUGGCACAGUAUUCCUGCUGCACCGGUGAGCGGCAGGCUGGGUUGAGUCUCCACGGUUCUCAUGGUGUGUUUAAGUUCCUCUCUUUGCUGGGAGACUUCAUCAGUCACAUCAGACUAGUCGAGAGGAUCAACUUGAUACAGCAUCAUGACAGAAACGGAAGAAGUCCCAGCCCCUGUAGCGGCAGCCCCGGUGAAAGCGAAGAAGAAAGCUUCACAGCCGACCAAGAAGCCCGGUCUCGGUCCCACUGAUGCCAUCAAGUUAGUGUUGGCAUCCAACAAGGGCCCUAAAGGCAUGUCUUUCGUGGCUAUGAAGAAGGCAGCGGCCGCUGAAGGCUACGAUGUUGAACACAAGACCGUCCAUCUGAAAAAAGCCCUCAAGAGGAUGAUUCUGUCAAAAUGCAUCACGCAGGUCAAAGGCAAGGGGGCGUCCGGGUCCUUCAAGCUGUCAAAGCCCGCCGUCAAAGCCAAGAAGCUGGUGGUGAGGAAAUCUGUCGCCAAAGCCAAGAAGCCGGCGGCGAAAGCGAGGCCAACCAAGAAGCCAACUGCUGCAGGAAAGAGCCUGAAGAAGGUGUCCAAGAAGUCAGCUGCUGUGCCCAAGAAGUCAGCUGCUGUGCCCAAGAAGUCAGCUGCUGCGCCCAAGAAGGCAGCUGCGUCCAAGAAGGCAGCUACACCCAAGAAGGCAGCUGCACCCAAGAAGGCAGCUGCGUCCAAGAAGGCAGCUACACCCAAAAGGAAGACAGCUCUCCCGAAGAGGGUUACUAAACCAAAAUCUGUUAAGAAGACCUCAACUAAGAAACCCACAGCCAAGAAAACAGCGAAGAAGUAAACGAACUUAAGU